UGUUGUUUUUUUUUUUUUUUUUCCCAACUAUAUUAUUAAGCAAUUUAAUAUUUAACGAUUGCCACAGUUGUUGGCAACAACAGAUAGAUGGAAGAUUAUUCUGUUUGCUUUAGUAAAAAGUUGAAUUGGCAGACCUUCACUCUUCAGUAGUAUCUUGUGUCAACUAUAGUGUUUUUUACUCCUGUUUCUACAGUGCUGCUUCUUUUUAGCAUAGUAUUUAUGCUUGUAGUUUGCUCAUUAUUUCCUUAAUAAAGAUUUAUUAUAUUGCAACAAUCCUAGUAUUUCUUCUUUACUUUUUUUUUUUUCUUACGGUUAUACGGAGUAUUUAUUUAUUUAAUUUCUUUCUUUCAUAUUAUUUUAAAUAUAGCUUAAAAAGUAGGAUUUUAGCUUAAUACUGUAAAUAUUGAGGGUUUAAUAGAAGCUUCAAGCAUUUGAUUUUUAUUUUUAAUUUUUUGGUAAUAUAUUAUUUUACCGAUAUAUCUAAAUUCAUCUGGCCUUACACACCAAUUUCAGAGGAAGUUAUUCCUUUACUGUGAAAAUAAUGCCAAAGGUUAGGUUCGUAUCUAGUCUAUGGCUCCCAAUUGCCUUGACAUUGGGAACAACACUGUAAUUACCCAUUCGUUUUAACAUCGGGAAUGAAAAAUUUAAAUGCAAUUAUUACUUCAAACUUCCAAACUAUGAUUAGUUGAUCAACUAGACUGAUUGGUUACAAUGGUUGCAACCUUAUUUGUUUAGUAAUUUUAUUAUUUUUGCAUAGAUAGAUCUCUUUGGUAAUAUUAUUUGUUUUGCGCAGACAGAUCUCUUUAGUGCAGAUAGUAUGAAUCCAUCACAUAUGUUUGUUUCUCUAUAUUUCUUUCCUUCUUCUUCUUCUUCUUCUUUUUUUUCCCUUUUUCUUUUUCGAUGAUCUGUUUUCUUUAUAAUGCUGUUUAGUUUACUUUAUUGUUGCUCUUCUUUCUCCAUAAGCUGUUUUAUUUUUAAUUUUUUUUUUUUGGUUUCAUGGACAGCUGGACUAUUUAGUUUUGGAAUUGGAUAUAUGGAUUUGUUCCUAUGUUCUCGAAACAAACAUAUUUGUUUCUAUGAAUUAAUUUGGGCAGAAAAAGAAAAAAAAGGAAGUUUUUAUUAUUGGUUAACUCUCUUCUAAUAAAGAAGUAAUUUAAUAUGACAAUUCAGUUUGUGACUUUGUGAUGCUUCUCUUCUUGACUUGUUGUUCUGAUUGGUUUAACUCUGUUGAUGGUAAAGUAAAAGUGUUCAUCACAAACAAAUCUUAUGUUUUUUAGUCUCUUCAAAUACAUGAGCAGAUAGAUGCAUAGAAGGGUUGUUGUUUGAGACAUGUAUAAAUCAUUGCAUACAUAGACACCAAAUUACCCAGAAAUGAAAUACAUGGCAGUAGAGCAAUUGAUGGUAAUGAGGAUUUUGUAUUCUUGAAUGAGAUAGGACCACCCACCCAUCAUGGAAGAAGUUGAAAGAGUUGUUAUGAAAUAUUCAACAUAUGCAUCAAAUGACUUCUGUUUAUAAUUGAUAACCUUUUUUCCUAUUUUUUUUUUAUUUUUUAUUUUUUAAUAGCCAGUGAUAUGGAUAAGUCUUGGAUUCAUCAUCAUACUAGGGGUAGUCGAAAGUAUUUUGAUGGCAUACAAAACUUCAUUAAGGUGGCUAGUUGUCAUGCAGAUGAAGUCGGUAGGUCCCGAUGUCCGUGUCGUCGUUGCAAAAACAAGACGUAUCUUCAAAUUAAAGAAGUUGAGGAGCAUCUCUUGAGUAAUGGGAUGGGCAAGGGGUAUACCAAUUGGACAUAUCACGGGGAGCCCAAGGAAAGGCAGAGCAAAGAAUAUGAGGAAGCUGAAAGUCAUGUGGGUCUUGCUAUUCGCUUGUGCAAGGACACACAUUUUAAGGAACAAAUUGGAAGGGCACAUGAGAAAGCUAAGCGGAAUUAUUCUUCACAAGUUUCUCAAAAUUCUGAUGGUGCCAGUCCAAUCAAAAAUGAUGUUGAGAUAGUGCAAAACCAGCUAGGUAUCGAACAUGGUUUUGUGGUCACAAACCGUCAACGUGCAUCCUCAUCUAGGAAAAGGGUAAAAGUGGCUGAGGAAAGAAGUUUACAACCGGCGGAGGAAGUAACAAAAUUGCUGGAAAAGUUGGAUAAAAUGAGAAGAUGCUUCAGCAGCAACUGCAGCAGCCGCCACCAUGGUUCCUCCAAUAUCAAUGGUCUCCAUCAGAUUCCCAACAGCAGCAGGCCCCGCCAAGCUGGUAUCAGCCGCCGCCACCAACAUGGUGGCAAUAUCAGCACCACCCACGAGCACCAUCACAACCACCACCUAAAUGAGUAAUAUGAUAAAGAGACCUUUUUUGGUACAUAAUUUUGGAGCUUUAGGAUGACUAGCUGAUUUCUAGUCUCUUUAUCUUUGUGCUAAAGAUUGUGUUGGGUUGCAUUUUGAUGACUUUGCAUUUGGUUUUAAAAUGGUGUUUUAAUUUUUGAGCAUGUUGGAACAAUCUGAUGUUAAAAGUUGCUAGAAGGUAUUUUUAGUUUUUAUUUAAAAAGCCUAGAGAUUUUGUAGUUUCAUUAUGAGAUUAAGAGCUCGUUUGUUGGCAUGGUUUCAUGAUGAUUAUGUCAUUUUCAUUCCGAAAUUAUAUUUUGGACAUAUUUUUGUUUUGAUGGCUAUUUGUUAGACUUGGUUUAAAGCUGAU